GGCGGCGUCGGCUUCAGGCGGCGUCGCUCUCCGCAGGCGUUCCGGCCGCCCCGCCGAGAGCAGCGCCAUGACGUCGGUGACGAUGGCCACCUCGGAGUGGAUCCAGUUCUUCAAGGAAGCCGGGAUCCCCCCGGGCCCCGCGGUCAACUACGCCGUGACGUUCGUGGAUAACAGGAUCCAGAAGAAUAUGCUGAUGGACCUCAAUAAGGAGAUCAUGAAUGAGCUGGGUAUCACGAUAGUUGGCGAUAUUAUUGCCAUUCUGAAGCAUGCUAAAGUGGUAUAUCGGCAGGAAAUGUGCAAAGCUGCAACAGAGUCAGUGGCCUCCAGCCAAACUGCUUUGCAAUCUGAACUCCGCAGGAAUGCUAAUACUGCUGCCACCAGGAUGAUUGCCAACAGUUUGAGCCGAGACUCUCCACCUUCCACUCCUGUUCGGAGGCCUGACAGCAAUGCCUCCAAAAUCUCCAUCACCGUGUCCAACAAAAUGGCAGGAAAAAGCACCAAAGCAGCUGUUGGCACUCCUCGGGCUGAGAAUCCCACCGUCCCAGUGAAGCGGCGCCGCGUCACAGCAGAGAUGGAAGGGAAAUACAUUGUCCACAUGCCCAAAGGAACCACUCCCAGGACUAAGAAGAUCCUGGAGCAGCAGCAGCAGGCAGCCAAAGGUUUGCAAAGAACGUCUGUGUUUGACCGGCUUGGUGCGGAGACCGCUGGAGACACAGCCAUAGGAAACAAGCCCACAGGAGUCUUCAGCCGGCUGGGCGACAUGCAGGAGGACAAAGCAGCUGACAGUGAUGACGACAGCUCUGUGCUGCAGUAUGCAGGGGUGCUGAAGAGACCCUCCCAGCCCAAGGAGAUCUGCAAAGUUGGCGUCGCCGUCAAGGCUAAAGCUACCAGCUCUGAGCCCAGGCAGGGGGCGGCUGAUGCCGUCACCAUCGCCAUCCAGCGGCGGGGGAGCAAGAGUGUGGCUGCUGCCACUCCGGCCAAGGAAGAGAUGCAGGGCUCGCCUCCUCCUGCCCCAGGCAGUGUGAGCAAGAGACUGGGCAAGCGCUCGCUGAAACUCCUCGAGGCCCAGGACAGCAGUGUGACCAGCUCCAGGAGCCGGCCGGACUCUUCCUUCCGGGUCACCAUAAACAGAACUUUAGGGAGCUCCAAGGUAAGCAGCUCCAGUCCUGCGGAGCCUCCCAGUGCUCAGAUGGACCACACGGGCACCGUCAGUGUCUUUAAGAGGCUGGGCAGGAAGACUGUGUGAGCCUGGGACCCCGCGUGGAGGGGACUUCCAGACGAGGAGAGGGCGAGCGAGUGUGCGUGUUCAUCUCUCCCUUUGUCAGCUCCCUUGGUGAUGUGAGCGGGGGGCCGCAUUCCGGAGCCGAUGCUUCUGUGAAGCUCUUGGUUGGUUCUCCCAGCACUGCGUCCAGAGUGGCUUAGGGCCACGCACUAGUUGAGGCAGCCGAAAGCCCAGUCCUGGCAGGGUGCGAGCACUUGGAAGGCCCUGGGGAGAAAGCCAGGAGUUCUGAACGCGGCUUUUGUUUUCUCUCUGCAGGUCUUUGCUCUUUCCUAGGAAGUAGUGUCCAUAAGAGAGACAGGCGGCCCCUUCCUCCUUUCCCCUUCUCUCUCUCUGUCCUGAGCUUUCAUCUGCCGGUCCUGGAACACCCGCAUUCCAGGAAGGGCAACCGGCCUCUUUUAGCGGAUGCUGGAGCUGUGCAAUUGGCAAGGCUGGGCUGGCAGCGUCCUGGGCUCCUCUCCUCUCCUGUUCUUCUCUUAAGGGUUUCGGUUUGAGAAACGCCCUCUUUCCUUCUGUGUCAGGAUUCCUGACUGACCCAGCCCCAUUUCUUUUGCUGCACUCCUGAAGGAAGCUGUUCUUGGAUUGGGGGUGCACCCCCAUCACCUCUUAAGACUUUCUUUGAGCAAACAAAAGCAGUCCCAUUUUUUUUAAAGCACACACAUGCGAUACCUGGAGGCUCUUCCCUCACACCUGCCAUGCUGAAGGCAGCUGGCAUCUCUGGCUCAGUGAGAAUAUUUCUCCCCCACUUGUGGCUCCUGCUCUCCUUCAGUCUUGGGAGGGAGGAGGGGGAAUCCUGGAUUACAGCAGGCACACACCCUCCCCUGGCUCGGGCCCUUCCCCUCCACCCCCCCAGCUGGCAGGAUUUGAGGCAGGGCAAGCACAGCUUUGGUCUUGGCCUUAGGAAAGGGCUGGGAGAGGGAGAUCUGCCAGGAAAGGGCAGCUGGCACUGAUGGGCCCCUACGAUUUACCUUCGGCCCCAGUUCUGGCUCUUACAAUCUCCUUUACAGAAGACCCGAGAAGUCGUCUGCCCCGCACAAGGUCUUGGAGGGGGGGGGGAUCUGGGCACGCAGUGUCUUCUGCCUCCUGCUGGGGGGGGGGCUUCUGGCUCCCCCCGCACAUCCCCCAGAGCCAGCGGGGCCGAAGGGGGGUGUUAGGGGGGAGCAGCGCUGCCCUCCCCCUCCCUCGUGAGCCGCCCGCAGGCACCAGGUUGCAGGCGGGGUUAGUCGGAGGCGGCUAUCGGGGCUUCGGUGUUCGAAAGCGGGCUUGUCAAUUGGAGUCGGUGUACAUCGGGAUGAUGAGAGCCUCAAGUUGUACCGGGGCCGGGCCGGCAAAGCUCCGCUCACAAUAAACGCUGUUUCGCUCGGC